UUAUACAAUUCUUUCGCGCACACAUUGUUCAUCGUUGUAGAAGUGAUUUUGUUUAUUAAAAUAGUUUUUCGAGUAAAAGUGUAUUUCCAAUACGAAAAUGAAUACUUUAUUCAUCGCGCUGUUCAACGUCUCUUUCUUUUAUUUCGUCUCAACUAAAGAAACACCCGUUAACUUGUCAUGUGCAGAAUUAAAGAAGAAAAUUGUAGGUUCAGUAAUGAACGGUUUUUCUUCAAAACCGACAUACGAUGGAACAGACUUUUAUCUAGCCAAUAAAAAUGGUGAAGAUGCUAUACAAAUUGGACCAAAUGGUUGGAGUGGACUCGAAACUGAUGGUUUUGAUUCGUCCCGAAAAACUUGUUUUAUCAUUCAUGGUUUCAAGGACCACCACCAGAGAGGAUGGAUAAAGAAGCUUCAAAAAGGAUUACACAACGCUAUCAAUUACAACCUUAUCAUAAUCGACUGGAGUAAAGGCAGUGAGAGCUGGAACUAUGUUGAAGCUGUUCAUAAUACGUACAAAGUGGCACAAGGUAUAGUCAAGUUUCUUGAUAGUAUGCAAAAAGAAGUAUCGAUUUUGAACAACUUUACCGAAAAUGAAUCCUGGAAGAACUUAUAUUUCAUUGGACACAGUCUUGGAGCACAAAUUGCUGGUCAAGCGGGCCAUUUAAUUAAAAGCAGCAGCAAUUUCAAGAUGGAAAGAAUCACGGGGUUGGACCCAGCUCGGCCUUGUUUUCAAAGUGUUGAUCCAAUUUUUAAACUUGACUAUAGCGACGCAGAUUUUGUCGAUGUAAUUCACACUCAAACGGGUAAUGACGAAGACGUCAGUGGAAUAGGCGUACAAGAACGCAGUGGCCAUGUAGAUUUUUACGUCAAUGGAGGAAUAAUUCAACCAGAAUGCGAAACCAAGCUCAUGGCAAUACAAAAAAUGCUUUGCAGUCAUAAUUUAGCCUACAGAUUUUUCACUGAAACUGUUUACGAUUCGAAAACAAAUAAUUGUAAAUUAAUGGGCUACAAAUGGGAUGGAAGUUAUAAAGAGGCAUUGCAAAUCUUGGAUGAAGUUGACAAAGGCAACUCGUGUGCUGAUUGCAUGGAAAUGGGUAUUAACGCUGUGAAUCAUAAAAUUGAAUCUGGAAGGUACCUCGUUUUUACUUCUGUAUCGAGACCAUAUUGCCCUCUAAAAACUGGUGACAAGUCCCUACUAACAAAAGAGCUUCAAAAAUUAAAUGCGACCACCAAACUAUUUCCCAACUUGCCGUCCAUACGAAAGAUUUUGUAUGGAAAUUGGUUUGAUUAAAAACUUAAACCUAUACUGAAAUUUUUAAAUUCGUAAAUUGAACAACACAUAGUAUAAGAUUGAACGAUCCUGGACGAAGCCAAACUAAACCAGUAAUUUCAUCAGUGGAAAAGGUAAUCCACAUCUCCGUAUUCGAGUUAUUUAGUCCGCAGACAAAUAUCUGCACACUCGGUGCGCACGCCGAGAACGCGUGCAAAAUUUCAUCAGGCGAAGAGGAAGUGGUUGGAGCAAAAGGGAAAACCCCGAGGAUUAUAUUCCCGCGCAAUAAAAUACCUGAUCGACGUACCCUAAAAUAUGGCUCUCGUCGCGUCGCGCGAUUUCCCAACCCCGUCGCGCCAGAGAUAAUAUCACGGAUGACCUGGCUUUUCCUCUCGUGCAACUGAUUUCCACACUUUUGGCUAUUUUCAUCCGGAAUUUCGUCAAAAGCACAACUCGAGAAGCCCGUGUGAUUUUUCGUCUAUUGAAUAAUUCUUAGGAUAACGGAUGAUCGAUAACACAACAUUUGUAUUACACUGUUUUAUACAUAAAUUUACAUACGAAUACACGAAGCAAACACCUUCAAA